AUGAUGCGAAUAAAGGAAGCGAUCCAGAGGCGUCGCAUGAUUCAGGAGAUGACGGAUGGAUGGAACGCUUGGGAAGGAGAACUCGCCGAGUCCGCAUCACCUCCUGGAGUAUCCACAUUCACCAAGUCAUCGUUCAUCGAGAAUCGCAAGCUAGCAUCAAUUCCGUCCAAUGAAGAUGAUCAGCAAGCAGCGAUUACCAACAGCAGUGAAAUUGCUUUGCAACAAUUUGCUAAUCAUUUGAAAUCAAGAAUGAACACUUUUCAGAAUCGCGCACUGCGAAUCACAUGGAAACGGCUUUCGGAAGCACCUCGAACGUCUGGUCGUGGUAAUAUUAACAUCAUGGAGAAGGUGUUCGAGAAAAUGGUUGAAAAUUGUGCAGACGUGAUGCCGAUCUUCUAUCGGAGUGCUUUUCUGAGCUGUGUAGAAGAUAAGAAACGAAACAAGAACACGACGCAUCCUGAGCGAACCAUUGCGACAAUCCGAGAUCACGCUCAUCUUCUAGUGGAUUUCAUUGACGAUAUCAUUUGUGCCGUCUCAGACAAACCGCUCAAGCAUGGACAUCUCGAUCCAUAUUCGAUUGGUAACGCUUCACUCGAGUCUUGCACUGUUCUUUUAACUGAUAUGAUGAGCUUCGAUCAGAUACAAAUGCUUUCAGCGAGAAUUCAUUCACGGUUGGAGCCGCUGGGAUUUCAGCGAAAUUUCUGGGAUUUCUUUGGUGAAGUGCUCGCAGAAGUAAUGUUUAGUCAGGAAUGUGUACGAGCGUAUCCGCAUGCUGGAAGUGCAUGGUCAUUGUUGAGUCUUAUGCUAAGUGAUAGCUUUCAUAAUGCAUCAAAAAAGCCGAAAUUCCAGCCCAGUCCUUCAAUACAGGUCGGUUCGAUCAGAUACAAAUGCUUUGGUUGGUACCUGGCACAAGUUUUAGUUCAUUUGGUCCACAUGAGAAAGCGCCUUCAAUCGCAAUUUCACGAAGUGUAA